AUGCGGAUGCUGAUGGGUGAUGCUUUGGGAGCUGUUGCGUCGGUGGCUGCUGCCUCUGUGGAUCCAUCUACAAUCGUGUCUAAUGCAGCUUCUGCCGAUGGAACGUCUCCCUGGACUCCUCCUCCGGCGUCUCCGCAGUUACGAGGUGGCGCAGCGGCUGGUGUCGAUACACCUGCCGAAUGGGCUGGUGCUGCGCCCGCUGCUGCUGACGGAGCUACAGCAGCAGAAGCUGCUGCUGCAGCUGGAAUUACAUCAUCAGCAGCAGGCUCACCAUGUACUGGAGGAGCAGGGAGUUCUGCUGGAGAAGCAGUUUCCACAGAGGACGCUGUCUGCGCGGCAAAAGCGGCAAGCAAGGCCACUUGCGUUGCAUCCGUCCUCUGCACUUCUCGCAUAGCUCGAACUGCCGUCUCAAGGCAAGUAGAAGACGCUACUGGGGUGGAUCUUGGCACUUCCAAGAGAGAGCGAAGCGAAGCUAUCGCUGCGUCUGCUGCUGCAUCGGCAUGCACAGCAGCUGCUACCGCCUCGGACGUCGCUGCUUCGGCUUCAGUUGCCGCAAAAUCUGGCACUGCCGAUGCACUGUCUCCGAAGUCUCCAGAAUCCCCUCCAUCGCCCUUCUGUAGACGUGUAAAAACGUGUCUCGGAUCUGCUUUGUCUGCGACAGCCGCCGCUGCCAUCCUGGCAGAUGUUGCUGCUGCUACGAAGCCUCCUUCUCCUGGAAUCUCUUGGACGCUCAGCGCGACCUCUGCUGCCCGCGAUGCAGCAGCCGUGGGGGGAGCUGCAGGAGCAUCAAUCGGCGUGCAAACAAAUGCAGGUUCAGCUGCUGCAGUUGCUGCUUCCGUGAUCGCAUACGGUGCCCCUUCUUUUGGAGCAGCAGGUGCUUCAAAGGAAGGAGCUGCUGCUGCCGGCGUCGCUGCGGGGACGGAAGGAUUCGCGAGGGCCCCGGCGGCUGGUGUACAUACACCUGAGGAUGGAGGUUGGGUGUCUGCCGCUGGGGAGGCUCCGCCUGACCUUGCUACAGCUCCAGCUGCAUCCAUUAGGCUGCAAGGGGAGCUGGCUUGCCGGUGUUUCUGUUUCUGGUCUGUUGGCGCAUGGGGUGUCUGUACAGCGCGGGUUUCUCUGAGCUGCGGCAAGAGCAAUAGCGGCGCUGUCGUUGGAAGUGCUGUCUGGAAAGCUGCUGGCACUGUCGGAAUGUCUGGAGACGUCGGCGUUGUUGGUGUGACUGUUGCCUGCCUGGCUCUGCAUUUCCCUGCAAGGUGCCCCGCUGGCGAUGCUGAGGAGUGA